AUGCUUAGUUUAUGUGUAUUGCUAAAGAGGUUUUUUUUCAUGGGAGAGUGCAUGUAAUCAGCACAGGGCCAAUCAGCACUCUCCAGACAGAGGGUCAGGGGUUUUGCAUCCUCCAAAAGCAGAAAGAAAACUCCCACAAGCUUAAACCAGUGUUCUGCUGAACACUGAUAGAAGUCACAAGACUGCUCUAACUGCUGAUGAGAAAAGGUAUUCUGCGGUUUAUAUUUACUAAAAUAAUUGCAUUUCCAUGUACUGUGUACUGUGGUAAACCAGAUAUAGUGAAUGCAGGGUCCUGGG